CGUGCCCCCGCCUCCCUCUCCGCCUCCCCUCGCGCGGUGCAGGCCGGGAAGGGGCGGAGCUUGAGCGCUGUCAUGGCGGCGCCCAUGGUGGAAGGCUGCCCCCCUACGAGCUGGGCCGCCCCCCCCCGGCCGGUGUGGGGGGCGCGGGAGGAGUUCGCCCACCGGCCCCACAACUUCCUGCGGGGCUGCAAGUGGGCCCCCGACGGCUCCUGCAUCCUGACCUGCAGUGACGACAACACCCUGCGGAUCUUCGACCUCCCGCCCCCCCCGGGACCCCCCCCCGGGGCUGCCCCUUCCCCAGUGCCGGCGCUGCGGGUGCCGGAGGGCGACACCAUCUACGACUUCACCUGGUUCCCCCUGAUGGACUCGAGUCAGCCCCCCACCUGCCUGGUGGCAGCCAGCAGCCGGGACAACCCUGUGCACCUCUGGGACGCCUUCGACGGGACCCUGCGCGGCUCCUUCCGCGCCUACAGCCACCUGGAGGAGCCGGUGGCCCCCCACUCGCUGGCCUUCGCCCCUGACGGCUCCCAGCUCCUGGGGGGCUUCGACGGCGCCGUCCGCCUCUUCCCCACCCACCGCCCCGGGAGGCACUGCCAGGAGAGGGGGGGGCAGGGCCAGCGGGGCCUGAUUGGCUGCCUGGCCUUCAGCCCCACCCAACCGGUGUUUGCCUGUGGCUCCUAUGGGCGGAGCCUGGGGCUGUACGCCCUGGAGGGGGGCGGAGCCUUGGCGCUCUGGCCCCACCUCCCCGCCGCCCCCACCCACCUCUGCUUCAGCCCCGAUGGCAACCGCCUCUACGCGGGGGGGCGCAAGGACCACCACGUCCUGUGCUGGGACCUGCGGCGCCCGGAGCGCCCCCUGCUGGCGCUGGAGCGGCGGGUGGGCACCAACCAGCGCGUGACCUUCGACCUCGACCCGACGGGGCGGUUCCUGGUGAGCGGUGACACCGACGGUUUCGUCACCGUUUGGGACACGUUGACCCCCCCGGGGACGGGGGAUCCCCCCCUGCUGCCCCCCCCACCUGCGCUUCCGUGCCCUCCGCGACUGCGUCAACGGUACCAGACCCCACCGGCCACCUGGGUGUCCCCCCCCGGACACCUGGGUCCCCCGGGGUGUAGGUCACCCGGAGACCUGGGUGUCAUCAUGUCCCCCCCCCCGCACCCCAGCCUGCACCCCGGGCUCCCGCUGUUGGCCACCGCCUCGGGGCAGCGGUUGUUCCCGGCGCCGUGGGACAGUGAUGAGGAGGGGACGGAUGAGGACGGGCCGCCCCCGGGGGGGGGACAAUCGCCUACAGCUCUGGUGGUGGGGGCCUGACCCCCCCGGGGAUGACGGUUGGGACAGCGGGACCGUGGAUGCCGAUUGUCACCCCUCUGGGGACGGAGGGCUCGUGUGUGGUGACUGUCACCCCCCUGGGGACAACGGGUGGGACACCCCCGGGGACACCGGAACCGUACACGCCGACUGUCACCCUCUCGGGGAUGGCGAGUGUCACCUCUCUGGCGACAACGGCUGGCACACCCCUGGGGACACCGGAACUGUGUAUAAUGACUGUCACCCCCCCGGGGACACCGACUGUGGCACCCCCGGGGACACCGGAACCGGACUCUCCAUGUACACAGACUGUCACCCUUCUGGGGACACCGACUGUGACCCCCCCGGGGACACCAGCAUCAACCGCCCCACGUAUGCCGAUUGUCACCCUCUUGGGGACACCGACUGUGACCCCCCCCCAGGGACACUGACUGUCACCCCCAUGGGGACACCAGAACCAGCUUGUCCAUGGACGCCGAUUGUCACCCUCUCGGGGACACCGACUGUCACCCCCUCGGGCCACCAGCACCCACCUCCUCGGGGGGGGGGCGCUACAACCCCCCCCUGGGGACACCGACACCCCCAGGGCCACCGGCUGUGACCUACAGCCCCCCCGGGGACCCCCUGGCUUGGUGUGACAUGGUGGCCUUUGGGGGGGGUCGGGGGUCGUUUUUAGGGUGCUGUUGGGUCGGGAGGAGUUUUGGGGUGUCACGUGUGGGUCUGGUCGAGGGUUUGGGGGGGGGUGUCUGGGGGGGUCGCAGUGUCCCUGUCCUCCCCCCGUUGUACUAAAGGUUUUGUAACCGUC